AUGCUGCACGGCCCCGCCGCCAUGGGGGAGCCGUGGCCGCCGCAGCCGCAGCAGCAGCAGCGGCUCCCGGGGUUCGGCAACGCCUCGGAGCCCCCCGCCUGGCCCUCGGCGGCGGCGGUCGGGCCGGGCACGGCGGCGCCGGGCGGCGGGGCCGCGGCCGCGGGCUCCGUGAGCCCCUGGGACAUCGCGCUGUGCGCCACGGGCACGGCGGUGGCGGGCGAGAACGCGCUGGUGCUGGCCGUGCUGUUCUACACGCCGAGCCUGCGGGCGCCCAUGUUCCUGCUGAUCGGCAGCCUGGCGCUGGCCGACCUGCUGGCCGGGCUGGGGCUGGUGGCCAACUUCGCCGUGCGCUACCUGCUGCGGCCGCCCAGCGAGGCGGCGGAGCUGGCGGCGGCGGGGCUGCUGCUGGCCGCCUUCUCCGCCUCCGUCUGCAGCCUCCUGGCCAUCACCGUGGACCGCUACCUGUCGCUGUACAACGCGCUCACCUACCACAGCGAGCGCACGCUGGGCUUCACCUGCGCCAUGGUGCUGCUGAUGUGGCUGCUGUGCCUGGGCGUGGGGCUGCUGCCCCUCCUGGGCUGGAACUGCCUGCGGGACCAGAGCUCCUGCAGCAUCCUGCGGCCCGUCACCAAGGACAACGCGGCCGUGCUGGCCGUCACCUUCCUGCUCCUCUUCGCCCUCAUGAUGCAGCUGUACCUGCAGAUCUGCAAGAUCGCCUUCCGGCACGCCCAGCAGAUCGCCGUGCAGCACCAGUUCAUCGCCACGGCGCAGGCCACCUCCACCCGCAAAGGGCUCUCCACGCUCUCGCUCAUCCUCGGCACCUUCGCGCUGUGCUGGAUCCCCUUCGCCAUCUACUCGCUGGUGGCCGAUUCCAGCUACCCCGCGGUGUACACCUACUCGCUGGCGCUGCCCGCCACCUGCAACUCGCUCAUCAACCCCAUCAUUUACGCCUUCCGAAACCCGGACAUCCAGAAGUCGCUCUGGCUGGCCUGCUGCGGGUGCAUCCCUUCCACGUUCUCCUCCAGACCAAGGACAUCCAGCGACGUGUGA